UCUGAACAGGCCGCGCAGAGGGCUCCGGGAACCCGGAAGUGAAGCUCGCCGCCAGCCCGCCUGCUCCUCCCUUCUGAGCGUUUUCCCGCCUCUAUUUCUUAGCCGGCUCUGGAUCUCCCUCCGCCCGGCCCCUCCAGCCUUGCCUUACAGAGACGAGGCUGGACAAGCUGGAUCAGCUUCUCCAGAGGGACUCGCUGGGGCUGCUUUGCUGCCUGUACAGGAAACCUGGAGUGCCUGGGAUGGCCUUGGAGAGGGACAGACUCCCAGCCCAGGAGGUGGUGAAAUUCCAGGAUGUGGCUGUGGACUUCACUUGGGAGGAGUGGAGCCUCAUGUCUCCUCCCCAGAAGGAGCUGUACAGGGAGGUGAUGCUGGAGAAUGCCCGGAACCUGCUCACUGUGGAAAGAGAGAUCAGACCUGAAAUGAAGCUGACUGCAACAGAUUUGAGCCUCUCUGUGGAAGAAAUGAACCUACAAAGAUUCAUGAGUGAUUGUCCUGAUAACUUUGCUUUCAGGGAAUUCUGUGUUGCACCUCAAAAUUCAUCUGAUAUUGAACAUCAAGGAAUUCACCCUGGGGGAAAAUCUAGUGAAGAUAAUCAGUGUGGAAAUACUUUUAUGCAAAGGGCCAUUUGUGUGGGAUAUCAGAGAAUGCACUCUCUUAAGAAACCUCAUGAAUGGAAGCAACGUGGAAAGACAUUCACAUGUUACUCCAGUAUAGCUAGACAUCAGAGAAUCCACACUGGAGAGAAACCUUAUAAAUGCAACCAAUGUGGAAAGUUAUUCAGUCGCAGGUCCAGUGUUCUUGUACAUCAGAAAAUCCACUCUGGGGAGAAACCUUAUGAAUGCAAUCAAUGUGGAAAAACAUUUCAUUGGAAGUCCAGUUUUGUUAAACAUCAGAGAAUCCACACUGGAGAGAAACCUUAUGAAUGCAAGCAAUGUGGAAAAAGAUUCAGUCGGAGAUCCCAUCUUGCUGAACAUCAGAGAAUCCACACUGGGGAGAAACCUUUUGAAUGCAAGCAAUGUGGAAAGAGAUUCAGUCGGAGAUCCCAUCUUGCUGAACAUCAGAGAAUCCACACUGGAGAGAAACCUUAUAAAUGCAACCAAUGUGGAAAGUUAUUCAGUCACAGGUCCAGUGUUCUUGUACAUCAGAAAAUCCACUCUGGGGAGAAACCUUAUGAAUGCAAUCAAUGUGGAAAAACAUUUCAUUGGAAGUCCAGUUUUGUUAAACAUCAGAGAAUCCACACUGGAGAGAAACCUUAUGAAUGCAAGCAAUGUGGAAAAAGAUUCAGUCGGAGAUCCCAUCUUGCUGAACAUCAGAGAAUCCACACUGGGGAGAAACCUUUUGAAUGCAAGCAAUGUGGAAAGAGAUUCAGUCGGAGAUCCCAUCUUGCUGAACAUCAGAUAAUCCACACUGGUGAGAAACCUUAUGAAUGCAACCAAUGUGGAAGGACAUUCAGUUUGCCCUCCCUUCUUGCUAGACAUCAGAGAAUCCACACUGGGGAAAAACCUUAUGAUUGCAUUCAAUGUGGGAAGAGUUUCAGACUGAGCUCACAUUAUGCUGUACAUCAGAGAAUCCACACUGGUGAGAAACCUUAUGAAUGCAAUCAGUGUGGAAAGACAUUCAGGCGAAGAUCCCAUCUUAGUGUACAUCAGAGAAUCCACACUGGGGAGAAACCUUAUGAAUGCAACCAAUGUGGAAGGACAUUCAGUUUGCGCUCCCGUCUUGCUAGACAUCAGAGAAUCCAUACUGGUGAGAAACCUUAUGAAUGCAACCAAUGUGGAAAGACAUUCAGUCAGAGCACCAGUCUUGCUGUACAUCAGAGAAUCCACUCUGGGGAGAAACCUUAUGAAUGCAACCAAUGUGGAAAGACAUUCAGUCGGAGCUCCAGUCUUGCUGAACAUCAGAGAAUCCACACUGGUGAGAAACCUUAUGAAUGCAACCAAUGUGGAAAGACAUUCAGUCAGUGCUCCCAUCUUGCUGUACAUCAGAGAAUCCACUCUGGGGAGAAACCUUAUAAAUGCAACCAAUGUGGAAAAGCAUUCAGUCGGAAAUCCAGUCUUGCUGUACAUCAGAGAAUCCACACUGGGGAGAAACCUUUUGAAUGCAACCAAUGUGGAAAGACAUUUAGCAUGCGUUCUCAUCUUGCUAGUCAUCAGAGAAUCCACACUGGUGAGAAACCUUAUGAAUGCAACCAAUGUGGAAAGACAUUCAGUAUGAGCUACUAUCUUGCUGAACAUCAGAGAAUCCACUCUGGCGAGAGACCUUAUGAAUGCAACCAAUGUGGAAAAGCAUUCAGUCGGAACUCCAGUCUUGCUGUACAUCAGAGAAUCCACACUGGUGAGAAACCUUAUGAUUGCAAGAAAUGUGGAAAGACAUUCAGUCUGCAUUCCCAUCUUGCUAGACAUCAGAGAAUCCACACUGGGGAGAAACCUUAUGAAUGUAACCAAUGUGGAAAGACAUUCAAUCAGAGCUCCUAUCUUGCUGUACAUCAGAGACUCCACACUGGGGAGAAACCUUAUGAAUGCAACCAAUGUGGAAAGACAUUCAGUCUGAGCUCCUAUCUUGCUGUACAUCAGAGAAUCCACACUGGGGAGAAAACUUAUGAAUGUAAGAAAUGUGGAAAGAUAUUCAGUCAGAGCUCAUACUUUGCUGUACAUCAGAGAAUCCACAUCAGGGAGAAAUCUUAAUAAUAAAAGCUAUGUGGAAACAUGUUCAUAUGCAGCUCAAGUUUUGCUAUUGUGUGGGUAUUUACUCUAUCCCCCUUUCUGAGGCAGUAUAUACCUUUUUUGAGCCUGAACUUGAUGCCGGUGAGGAUUAUGUGAUAGAAUCCAUUGAGUGAGGAUAGAAUGGCAACAAGAAAAAGGCAGCAAUAGAGUUGAGAGAUCAGGAGAUGACAACAAGGUGAUGUCCCGUGCAGUGCCCCCUGGUCUGGCCCCUGGCAACACCUGCAAAAAUGAUAGCCAUGGUUGGCUCCUGGGAUGAGAUUUGUAAGUUAGUGAUGUAAAAAUGGAGAUUUUGAUUCCUAGACUUCAAUCCCCAGACGUCCUUGGUAUUUCCCUAAAUUCCCUAUUAUCUCACCUCAGUCUCCACCUGGGCGAGAUCACAAUGAGUAUUUAAUUGGCAGUCUCUGCCUCCCUCUCACUGGGCCAUUGCAAUAAUGGGUUAAGUAAGCUAAGUGCAAGCACUCUGAAUUGGCUAAUUAGCCCUACCAAGUGGUUCCUUAUUUUGUGUUUUCAUUAUUCCUUGAUUUCUAAUAAUCCUUAAUAAAUCUCAAAAAAUACAACAUUUUAAUAAUUAGAGAUAUUUUAAUUUUUUUUUUAAAGAUAGCCUAGAUAAUUUUUUAAGCCACGUUUCUCCAAGGGUUUUCAGCAAAGGCAUUUCAGACUCCAAUAUUUUUUUUUAAAUCUCUAUUUUAUUACAUUUUACUGAUUGUUUUGUUUAAGAUUUUAUUUUGUUGGUUUUAGGUUCAUAUAUUAAUGCAUUCAAUACUAUUCUGUUACAGUGAAUCAUUUUAAUAUACUGGGUUUUUAACUACUGUUAUAUUCUUUUGCUUUUCACCUAUAACUAAACUGAACAAAUAUUGAAUAAGCCCAUAUAAAAACAACUUUUUUCUACUUUUGACUUUGUAAAUUGUUUCAUAGAGGAUGGAUGGACUUCUUUACAAUUGUAUAACAAACUUUGAAAAAUUUAAUGAGCUAAAGGUCUCAAAUUGAUUUUAAGGGUACUUUAGACGUGAUUUUUAGAUUUUUUUCAACUCCGCUCAUUUUUUCUGCCUUUAACAGAAGGUAAGGUCCAUUUCAGUAACUGAGGUGAAAUACAAUUUUAAGCCCCACCUACCACCUUUAUAAAAAAUGUGAAUGAAUGGGACAUCACAGUCUCAUACCAAAGGAGCUGGGAUGUUAAUCCCAGGGCAUGGUACCCAUGGAUGAUUCCCAAAAGAGGAGCAUCUCUCAUUUAUAACUUCAGCUCCCUUUACCCAACAUCAAAAGUACAGUGGUUUUUUUCCCUUAGACUCCUCUGCCACAUUUUUAAAAGAUAUCUAUAUUUCUUGAGAAUGUUCUAGACAGAAAUGAGUUUCACUUGGUUCAAAAAAGUAUUUGCCAAGGUUGAAAGAUUUGCUACACCUAAAAAAAAUUUGUGACCAAUAUCCAUCAGUUCAUAGGCUUUUAAAAAAAUGCCAUACAUCAAAUUAUGUAAAAUAUGAAGUGGGUUUGUUUCCUAUUGUAAUUAACUGGGCUAUUGUGAAUUUUGGGGAUUUGCUGUACUACUGUUCUUUUUUUUUUUUUUAAACUGUUACUUUGUGAAAUUCAUUUCUUCAUACUCACAGUGGAUCAUGGCCAGGUAUGAAGAGGAAAUGGAUCUCUAGUUUGGUGAGAAACUUUUGUAUUCUACAUUUCCUUAGCUGACAGAGUGUGUCAAUGAUUAUAAGCUAUAUUUUUGAAUUUUAAAACUUUUAUUAUAUUUUUCUUGCAUGUGCAACAUACCAUUUCAGUUUCAUUUUUCGUCAGAGACCAUAUUCGGGGACAACUUGACCUGAAACAAGAUUUAUGAUCCUAGGGAAACUUAACAAAUAAGUUACCUCCCAGGCGUCGCCAAGACCAACAGCCACAAAACAUAACAAUAACCAUUCUUCAUGUUCCCUCCUGGUACAAGCAGUCUUUAGUCACCACCACCACCCCCCCUUUACCUCAAGCAUAUAUAUUCUACCUUACACCUGCAAUAAACGGAGCCUUGACACUA